AUGACUCGUACCCCAGCUGCACCAGAAAAGCACAACCGUGACUCUGCUAGCAGAUACAAGAGUGGCAGUAAAAUCAGCACUCUGUUUGCCGAGGAAUUGGUGGAAAGGUCUGCCAUAGCGGGGUUCGGCCGGAAAGAUCUAGUUGUCUUUGACAAUGCCUGCGGGACAGGAGCAAUUUCUAGUGCCCUUCAUCGUGCCCUUGGCGAUGAGAAAACACGCACCUGGAAGUUGACCUGCGGCGAUGUAUCUGAAGCCAUGGUCGAGGUCUCCAAGCAGAAGAUGAUCGAAGAAGGAUGGCAGAAUGCGGAGGUAGAGGUUGUUGAUGCUCAGAACACUGGGCUUCUGAGUGAUCAUUAUACGCAUGUCUUCUCGGCUUUUGGUAAGAUGUUAGGGACCCAGGGAAAUGGGAUAAUGUUGACUUCCAUAUCAGCGUUCAACCUCUUCCCUGACGACAAAGCUGCAAUGGAAGAGUGUUUUAGAGUGCUUCAAAGCGGAGGCACGUUGGCCGUUUCCACGUGGUGCUCAACCGUCUGGGCCACCCUCAUCCAGUCCGCCAUCGCAAGCAUACCAGGUGAUCUCCCAACCCCGACCACGGAAGACAUAUUCGGGCUGUACAAUAAAAAUUGGGCCGACGAAUCCAGGGUGCGGGCUCAGUUUCAGCAGGCAGGAUUUACGGAUAUUAAUGUUACCUCCGUGAAAAAGGAAUACACUGUGCCGGUUCAGGAGCUCGCCGAGGCCUGCAAGAUAAGUCUCCCUCACAUCACCAGAAAGUUCUGGACGCAGGAGCAACGAGAUAGUUACGAAGCAGAGGUUCCAAAGGCGGUGCUCCGCAUCCUGGAAGAGGAGCAGAGGGGGAUCGGACUUGGCGCGAUGAAGGCUGAAGCGAUCAUUGCAACUGCUCGGAAGCCAUGA